AUGUCGAGUCAACCAAACAAAAGAAAACGUCAUGACAUUACUGCCCACGAAAAGAGAGAAAUCUGCCGGUAUAAAUUGGAAAAUCCAAAAGCGAGUCUGGAUGGCAUGUCAAAUUAUUUUGCUAAUAGUUUUGGCCACGGAAUAGGAAAAUCAACAAUUGGUGACAUUCUGAAGAAAAAUGAAAAAUGGCUUAAUAUAGUUGAAGAUGAAUCGUCACUUUCUAGAUCGCGACAUGCCAAGAACCAGAAGUUAGAACAGGCUCUCUACCUGUGGCUAAGUGACAUGUCCAGUCGGAAUGGAGCAAUCAAUGACCAAAUGUUGAUUGAAAAGGCCAAACGUCUAGGAGAACAGAUGAACGUAACUGACUUUGCUUACUCUCGCGGGUGGCUGUCACGUUUCAAGUCUCGCCACAAUGUUGCCAAAUACGUGAACGAAGGAGAAGCAGCAAGUGCCGACAAGAAUGCAGUGGUUAGUGGGAGAGAAGAACUGAAGAAAGUGUUAAACGAUUAUGCACCAGAAGAUGUUUUCAACAUGGACGAAACCGGACUGUUUUUUAAGCUGGGACCAAACUACACGUUAGCUUCAAAGCCUGUGAAAGGUGUUAAAAGAUCGAAGGACAGGAUAACAGUGGCACUUUGUGCAAAUUCUACUGGUGAUAUAAAAAUAAAGCCGUUUGUGAUCGCGAAAGCUCGGAGACCACGUUGUUUUGGUAAUGAUUUCAACCCGGAAGUUUACGUCCGAUAUCGUAACAACAAGAAAGCGUGGAUGACGUCGGACCUUUUUUGUGAUUGGAUAAGAGCAUUUGACAGGCAAAUGAAAUCGCGUGGUCGCGAAGUCAUUCUUCUUGUUGACAACGCGGCCAGCCAUGCUUGUGGGAAUGUGGCAUUGAGUAAUGUUAAAGUGCAUUUUUUACCACCGAAUACCACAGUAUGGAUGCGGGAAUUAUUCGAGCAUUCAAGGCACACUACCGACCGUAUUUAG